AAAAGAUGAGCAGCGGAAGAGGGAACAGACGAGUGCGGCAGUGUGUCUGUUAUUACUUAGCCCACACAUCCUCCACAACAGAGGCAAUUAUCAGGAAAAAAAGAACACUCACUGGGAACCGUUACUGCCGCCUUUGAUUUGCAGAUGUUGUAAUCUAAAUGGACAAACAGAGUGAAGGGGAGCAUGUGCAUACGGGCCUAGAUGAAGAGGCACUUGUUGACCAUGGGAAGGCCAGCUUCACUACUCAAACACACUAUGAAAAAGAAGAGUUAGAAAGUCACAGAGCAGUCUACGUAGGCGUCCAUGUUCCUCUGGGAAGAGAGAGCAGACGGAGGCAUCGUCACCGAGGACACAGACACCACCGAAAGAAGAAAGAGAGAGACUCUGAGGAGGGGAAAGAAGACGGCAGGGAGUCCCCCUCUUACGACACACCGUCCCAGAGGGUCCAGUUCAUAUUGGGUACAGAGGACGAUGACCUGGAGCAUGUCCCUCAUGACCUCUUCACUGAGCUUGAUGAGCUCUCCUUCAGAGAUGGCAGUGCCACUGAAUGGAAGGAGACAGCCAGAUGGCUGAAGUUUGAGGAGGAUGUGGAGGACGGCGGUGAGCGGUGGAGUAAGCCCUACGUGGCCACGCUGUCACUGCACAGCUUAUUUGAACUACGUAGUUGUAUACUCAACGGCACAGUCAUGCUGGAUAUGAGGGCCAACAGCAUCGAGGAAAUUGCAGACAUGCUUAUUGACAGCAUGGUGGCAUCGGGUCAGCUGAAGGACGAUCUGCGUGACAAUGUGCGGGAAGCCAUGCUGAAGAAGCAUCACCACCAGAAUGAGAGAAAGCUCAGCAAUCGCAUCCCUCUGGUGCGCUCCAUUGCUGACAUAGGCAAGAAACAUUCUGACUCACUCUUGCUUGAAAGAAACGGAGAGGGGCUGUCCUCUUCACGUCUCUCUCUCCACAAGCCAGGAGCAGCCUCCUCUGUCUCCAACCUGUCCCAGAGACGAGAGUCCCGAGUCUCCAUCCUGCUCAACCACCUCCUACCUUCCCCCAGCCCUUCGCCCCUCACCACCCCUCAAAACACCCCCGCUUUCUUACGGCGCUCCUCCCAAAGCCCGCCGCGCUCCCACGGUGGAGGUCCUCAAGGCAUCCCUGAGGUGGUGGUAUCGCCCCCCGAGGAUGACGACCCGCCCAACUCUGCAGAAGAUGAGGCCGCGUCGCCACAGCUCAGCCGGCGAGGAUCCUCGGCAUCCCAGGGCCUCGAGCUGCUGUCCUUAGAAGGAUCUCUGGUGUCCCCGAACUCUGACCCAAACUACCUGGAUGGCAGCAAGGCAAUGGAGAGGAGACCGUCCAAAGCAGGGGUCAGUAGAGAAAGCAGCAGUGUCGACUUCAGCAAGGUGGAUAUGAAUUUCAUGAAAAAGAUUCCUCCAGGUGCCGAGGCUUCCAACGUGCUGGUAGGCGAGGUGGACUUCCUGGAGAAGCCCAUAAUUGCCUUUGUGCGACUGUCGCCUGCAGUACUUAUCACAGGCCUCACAGAGGUGCCUGUGCCCACACGGUUUCUUUUCCUGCUGUUGGGUCCUCAUGGCAAAGGGCCACAAUACCAUGAGAUUGGCAGAUCGAUGGCCACACUGAUGACAGACGAGAUAUUCCAUGAUGUGGCGUACAAGGCCAAAGACCGAACGGACCUACUUUCUGGGAUAGAUGAGUUCCUCGAUCAAGUGACCGUCUUACCUCCAGGAGAAUGGGACCCCACAAUUCGCAUUGAGCCCCCCAAAAAUGUCCCGUCUCAGAUGAAAAGGAAGAGGCCGUCUCAGCCUAAUGGCACUGCAUCUCCAGCUGGGGAGCUGGAAAAGGACGAGGACCCUCAUUCAGGACCCGAGCUACAGCGAACUGGGAGGAUUUUCGGAGGCUUAAUCUUGGAUAUCAAGCGGAAGGCUCCGUUCUUCUGGAGUGACUUCAGGGACUCCUUCAGCCUGCAGUGUCUGGCCUCCAUCCUCUUCCUCUACUGCGCCUGCAUGUCCCCUGUCAUUACAUUUGGAGGUCUGCUUGGGGAGGCAACAAAAGGCAACAUAAGUGCCAUAGAGUCUCUGUUUGGGGCAUCACUGACAGGAGUGGCUUACUCCCUUUUCGCAGGCCAACCUCUCACUAUUCUUGGCAGCACUGGGCCUGUUUUAGUGUUUGAGAAGAUCCUCUUCAAGUUCUGCAAUGACUACAGACUGUCCUACCUGUCGCUGCGGACCAGCAUCGGCCUGUGGACUGCCUUUCUCUGUCUCCUCUUGGUGGCCACAGACGCCAGCUCUUUGGUCUGCUACAUCACCAGGUUCACAGAGGAGGCCUUCGCUGCCCUCAUCUGCAUCAUCUUCAUCUACGAGGCUCUAGAGAAGCUCUUUCACCUGGGAGAACACUUCCCGGUCAACACGCACAACAAUUUAGACAACCUUACCCAGUAUUGGUGUCAGUGCUCUCCACCAUCCAAUGCCUCUGAUGAGCUCAUGCAGGAUUGGAACCAGACAGGAUAUAGCUCCAACUCUAUCCCAUGGCAGAGCCUAAAUGUAUCGAUGUGCAGAAAGCUCCAUGGGGAGUUUGUUGGCCCCGCCUGUGGUCACCACGGCCCCUACAUCCCAGACGUUCUCUUCUGGUCCAUCAUCCUUUUCUUCACCACCUUCUUCUUGUCCUCCUUCCUCAAACAGUUUAAGGCAGAGAGAUAUUUUCCCACAAAGGUGCGCUCCACUAUCAGUGACUUUGGCGUGUUUAUAACCAUCAUGAUCAUGGUGCUGGUGGACUACCUAAUGGGCAUCCCAUCACCUAAGCUGAAUGUUCCUGACCGCUUUGAGCCAACUUCAAAGAACCGGGGCUGGUUGAUGGAUCCAUUAGGAGGAAACCCGUGGUGGACGCUGCUGGUGGCGUUACUUCCUGCCCUGCUGUGCACCAUCCUCAUCUUCAUGGACCAACAGAUCACUGCAGUCAUCAUCAACCGCAAGGAGCACAAACUCAAGAAAGGCUGCGGCUAUCACCUGGACUUGCUCAUAGUGGCAGUAAUGCUGGGCGUGUGCUCCAUUAUGGGCCUGCCCUGGUUCGUGGCUGCCACCGUCCUCUCCAUCUCCCACGUUAACAGCCUGAAGGUGGAGUCUGGCUGUUCUGCUCCAGGAGAGCAGCCCAAGUUUCUGGGCAUCCGUGAGCAGCGGGUCACUGGAAUCAUGAUCUUUGUCCUGAUGGGCAGCUCUGUUUUCAUGACUUCAGUGCUCAAGUUCAUUCCUAUGCCAGUCCUCUAUGGAGUCUUUCUCUACAUGGGUGUCUCUUCCCUUAAAGGCAUUCAAUUCUUUGACAGAAUCAAGCUGUUUGGGAUGCCGGCCAAGCACCAGCCGGAUCUUAUCUAUCUUCGCUAUGUGCCGCUGUGGAAGGUCCAUAUCUUCACCCUGGUGCAACUCACCUGCUUAGUUCUGCUCUGGGUAAUCAAGGUCUCUGCAGCAGCUGUUGUGUUUCCUAUGAUGGUUUUGGCAUUGGUCUUUAUCCGAAAGCUGCUGGACUUGUUUUUCACCAAGCGAGAGCUGAGCUGGCUGGACGACUUGAUGCCAGAAAGCAAGAAGAAGAAAGAAGAUGAUAAGAAAAAGGAAGCACAAGAAAAGCUGGAGGAAGAGUCUAUGCUGCAGGAGGAGGAGGACAUGGGGCUGAAUGUUGGCUACGAGGACAACAGCCACCUCAAGAUUCCAGUGAAAGCGGUGUCAGGGAGUUCUGAUUCUGACCCCUUGGUUGUAAAUAUCUCUGAUGAAAUGGCCAAAACCGCAGUGUGGAAGGCAGUGAACUCGAAUGCAGAGUCUUGUGUCCAGCCUGAGAAGCGUAGUGGAAGCCAGGAGAAAGUGGCCUGUGUUAGACUGAACAUCAGCCAAAACGCGCCUGGAGAAGGUUCCACUCCAGAAACCUUCUUGUGAUAAAGGGAGGACGACCUGUUGGUACCCCCCCCCCACUGCUGGGCACCACCUGGAGGGGAAGGAGGCGUAGUCCUGGAACAGCACAACCUGCCUGCAGACCCCUGCGAGGCCCCAGGCCUGUGAGUCCUACUCCACUCAAAUGCUGAAGCAGAUGGCUGCAACGAAGUACUGUGAAGCCAAUGUUGGUGAGGAACCAAGGAAGUCCUCUGAUCCUGUCCACCUCUGCCCCCUGUUAAGGACCUUUUAAAGUUUAUCUCCCAUUCAAACCACAGAUGCCAAAGGAAGGGUGGACGGGCAGUGUGAACGACUUUGCAUUUGUAUUUCACAGCUGGUCACAGGACUUCUUCAUCUUUUGCUGGUGCAGCUCACUGGGUGAGUUGCCGUGCACUGUGUGUUUCCAUUAGGUCAGAUUAGGACCUUUUACUAAACUACACCAGCUUCUACAAGACAUGAGUUCAAUAAAAUCAUUCAGGUACGUUCAGUGCUUGAUUAUAUUUGAUAUUUGUUCUGCACAGUAAAUGACACAACGGGAACAUAGAUACUACUGUUACCACAAAACUACUGCGGACAUGUUUGUACUACUCUACAUCUACAGAACAGAGGACGCUCAGUAUUGAUAUUGCUGCUCAAAAGAGAUUUAGCUGUUUUUCAUUGUUCAUGUUGUAUAUGCUGUUAUAGAAAUAUAUGUCUUCAUCAAUACUGUAUUCUUUUUAUUUGUAACAUUAGAAAACCUACUUCAGAGGCCAUAUAAAGUCUGUACUGUACAGUAAGCACUUUGCCAGUAUAGUUUCUUACCUAAAAUAAAGUCUAUUAAUAUAAAACACUUCCCAUAAUAUAAAAGAAUAAAAGUCAGAUACUCAGGAGUCUCAGGAUUUCUGACUGUGGUCACUUGAUAUUUUGGUCACAAGGUAGCGCGUUAACUGCCCAUUCUACUCCUGUCACCACUGACGUCACAACUAUUUUAAUAAAUCAGAAAAUAUAUUAAGGUGCAAAAUAAAAAAGAGAAUAUUUGUGACUCCAGGAAGCUGCACCUGCUUUUAUAUUGGGUCUGUAUUACUGUUAGUUCCAGUGUGUGUGCGUAUGUCGCGUAAAAAGAAAUUGUGAUUUUUGUUUAACGUUGAAAAUCAUUUUAUGCAAAAGAUUUCUACAAUAAGUGUAAAAAUAAUGAUGGAUGAUGAUGUUCUUACUUUGCUAAGUUCAGUCCUGUUUUAGCAAUAAGUGUCCAUGCGGAGCCUCGUGUGGACUCAUGACCCUAGCUAGUAUUCAGGUGAGAAUCAUUGUGUUUCUGCUCUGUCUGUGUAGCUUCAGUGACUCUACGGACGACAGCUUUCGUGCCUUGUUAAAGCUCUUUAUGUGCAAGUGUCGUAUUGAUAAUUUAAGUGUUGGGAACAUAUGUGCACAGGUACGUGAACGGUGGCACACAAACGCCAAAGACAGGCCAUCGUCACUUCAGAACAGGGCAGCGAGCGACUUGUUUGCUUCUGUCUGUUGUGGUGUUUCAUCAGCAGCAGCAUGAACGUCGUGGUCAAGCAACGUACAAACUCUACUUAUCUUCCAUUUCCACGUGUAACAAAAUAAAGCUGUUCUGUCGUCACAGCUCCUGUACUUGCUCACUGCAGUUGUAAUUAAUAUUGAGGUACUGGAUUUUUGAAUGAUCGAUGAAUGUCAAAUUCUUAAAAUCCUAAAUUGAAACAGCCACGCUUUUACCAGACAUCUAUUUUUAUGAGAACAUGUGGGCACUGCCCUUCACAUCUGGAGCCUAAAACGAUGGAGAUCUCAUCCUCCGUCAGGUCAUCGACGUCACUCAGUAAACAUAUGUACAGAAACAUAGUGAAGCACAGGGUCCUGUUAUCUUGGAGGACGAUGACCUUUCUGUCACGGUUGACUAAUGCAAAGCAAUAAAGGUGUCUACCUGG